AUGGCAGCUUAUAUCGAGAACUCAGACCCUAGCGAUCACGUGUCUCGGUUCAACCGUGUAAUGACGGUCAUCAGAGUCAGCAAUGACACCAAAUGUUUAUGCUUCCCGUUAACGUUGAGUGGGUCCGCGGAGGAAUGGUUCAAGAAGUUGGAACCAGGAUCAGUGAACUGUUGGAACAAGCUGCAAGUUAGUUUUCGGAGACAGUUUGUCGCCACGACAAAGGUUAUUCUUGAGGUCAGUGCCCUGACUAACAUUAAGAAACUACCCACAGAAACAUUGAAAAAUUUCAUAAAGAGGUUUAAGGAAGAAGCCUCAAAGACUAAGAAAGUUGAUGACGGACAACAACUUGCACUUCUUCAAGCAGGGAUCCAUACGGGGACUCCAUUCUAG